AUAUAACACAUAGCAACAAUCUUCUCUAAAUAUUUUCUGCCUCUCAAAACAAACAUAAAAAAAUUCAAGUGCAAAUGAAGCUUUUAUCGAAGAAAGCCAUGUGUAACUCACAUGGACAAGAUUCUUCCUACUUUCUAGGAUGGGAAGAGUAUCAGAAAAACCCAUAUGAUGAAAUUCGUAAUCCUAAAGGAAUCAUUCAGAUGGGUCUCGCAGAGAAUCAGCUCUCUUUCGAUUUAUUAGAGUCAUGGCUUACUCUAAAUCCAGAUGCAUCUGCAUUUAAGAGAAAUGGCCACUCAAUAUUUAGAGAGCUUUCCUUAUUUCAAGAUUACCAUGGUCUUCCAGCUUUCAAAGAUGCAUUGGUUCAAUUCAUGUCUGAAAUCAGAGGAAACAAAGUAAGCUUUGAUUCAAAUAAGCUUGUACUUACAGCUGGUGCUACUUCUGCAAAUGAGACACUCAUGUUUUGCCUCGCUGAUCCUGGCCAUGCUUUUCUCCUUCCCACUCCAUACUACCCUGGAUUUGAUAGAGACUUAAAAUGGAGAACAGGAGCUGAGAUUGUUCCAAUACAAUGCACAAGUUCAAACGGAUUUAGAAUCACAGAAUCAGCUCUUGAAGAAGCUUAUACAGAAGCCGAAAGGCGAAACCUUAGAGUGAAAGGGGUUUUAGUCACUAACCCUUCGAAUCCAUUAGGCACAACAUUAACCAAAAAAGAACUCCAACUUCUUCUUACCUUCGUAUCUACAAAACAAAUCCAUCUCAUCAGUGAUGAGAUAUAUUCUGGCACUGUUUUUAACUCACCUAAAUUCGUCAGUGUCAUGGAAGUACUAAUCGAAAACAACUACAUGUACACUGAUGUAUGGGAUAGAGUUCACAUAGUCUAUAGUCUUUCGAAAGAUUUGGGACUUCCAGGAUUUCGAGUUGGUGCCAUUUAUUCCAACGACGAUAGGGUCGUCUCUGCAGCCACAAAAAUGUCUAGUUUUGGAUUAAUUUCAUCUCAAACUCAAUACCUUCUUUCUGCUUUGCUAUCAGACAAAAAGUUCACGAAAAAUUACGUGUCUGAAAAUCAAAAGAGGCUGAAAAAACGACAUGAAAUGCUAGUUGGUGGUCUUAAACAAAUUGGAAUAAGGUGCCUUGAGAGCAAUGCUGGGUUGUUUUGUUGGGUGGAUAUGAGACAUCUUUUAAGUUCAAACACAUUUGAUGGAGAAAUGGAAUUAUGGAAGAAAAUAGUGUACGAAGUAGGGCUAAAUAUUUCAGCUGGAUCGUCAUGCCAUUGUACAGAACCGGGUUGGUUUCGUGCAUGUUUUGCUAACAUGUCAGAAGAUACGUUAAAUAUCGCCAUACAACGUUUGAAGGCUUUUGUUGAUUCAAGGGUUAAUAACAAGGAUGAUAUUCAAAAUCAGCAGCAGUGUUCUAAUAAGAAGAAGUCAUUUUCCAAAUGGGUUUUUCGACUAUCGUUCAAUGAACGUCAAAGAGAACGAUAGUCU